AUGAAGGAGUCGCUAUAUGAUCGCAUCUGGCGCCGGGAAUCCGGGGAAGUGUCGCGCUUCGCCAGCAUCCACGGCAUCUACGGAUCUAAGGAAUGGGUUGAAAAUUUGGAUAUCGUGAAUGAACUCGGUGGUCAUUCUGGCUGCGUCAACGCUCUGAGUUGGUCGCGGUCUGGCCAGCUUUUGGCAUCGGGCUCCGACGACCAGCACCUGAAUAUCUAUUCCUACCAGCCUGGCUCCUCCGCCGCCCCCUUUUCGCUAAAUACAACCAUCUCGACGGGCCAUGGCGCAAACAUAUUCUCGGUCAAGUUUAUGCCACACUCCAAUGAUCGGACUCUGGUGACUUGCGCCGGUGAUUCCCAGGUUCGCAUCUUCGAUAUCGAGUAUUCCAGCAAUAAUAAUAGUGUCGACACCACCUCGGCAUUUUCCGCAUCUGCACGGAGCCGAAGGUUUAACAACUUUUUCAACAAUGCACGUUAUCUGAAUGCGGGAAAUACCAACGUCAGAGUUUAUCGCAGCCACGCCGAUCGGGUCAAGCGGAUCGUUACCGAGUCGUCGCCAUAUCUCUUUCUGACUUGCUCGGAAGAUGGCGAGGUUCGUCAAUGGGAUCUUCGUCAGCCAUCGUCCGCAUACCCUAAGCCACGAGGCGGCCAGGGAUACAUGGCUUUUCGGUCGGGGCAGGAGCACGAUGAUUCAAAUGUACCGCCUCCGUUGAUAUCUUACAAGAGACAUCGCCUUGAUCUCAAUACCAUUUCAUGCUCCCCAAGCCAACCCCAUUACAUCGCUCUAGGCGGCGCCCACCUUCAUUGCUUCCUUCAUGACAGGCGCAUGCUGGGCCGCGACCUGCUUGCAGAGAGGGGCGAUCCCGGUGCCUCUCCCGGCAGUAGCAGUCACGGGGAGGAGCUGAUGGAUCAGGCGACGCGGUGUGUGCGGAGAUUUGCCCCUAACGGUCAGCAACGAAUGAAAACGCGCGAUGACGGCCAUAUCACUGCCUGUAAGAUUAGCGAUGCCAACCCGAAUGAGAUGGUUGUCAGCUGGUCUGGCGAUCACAUAUAUAGCUUCGAUUUGAUUCGGAGCCCAGACGCAAGGGAGGAGUCAAAGCGCCCCCAGUCCACCCAGGAGACUCCAGUUCCGCGUCGACGUCGAGACUCCAAGACCAGGAAGCGUAAGCGACAGAAUGGGACCUCAAUGUCAUCACAGUCCAGUGGCAACCAAUCCCGACCUCGACGUCGGCCCAGAGAGCGUCGUGAUGAGGGAGAAUUAGCAUUCCGAGUCCGCUACGGAAAUGGAGAAUCGGAAGACAUUCCCCUCCCGUCCCUCUCGGAACAGCGCGCUGACAUCCCAGACAGCUUGGUCGAUCAGUCGCGAUCAUCCGUGCUCAAUGAAGCGCAGAGGCUCAGUAUGCGCAUCGCUAAAGACAUGGUCAAGCUCCGUAAAGCGAUUUUCUCGCUGGAAACAUCGUUACGCGAAGAAUAUGAGUCAUCCAAUCAGGCUGAUUUGGCACCAUUCACCGAGUCCUUUUCCACAGCACUAACCCAUGCUUCCAUCUGUCUUCCUCAGAUGGAUGAGAUUAUGCGGACCUGGAGAUAUCCCAUCAAUCCUACCCAAGAUGUUGUACGCCUCCAGCAAACCCUUCGUCGGAAUCGACAGUCUGCCUGGCGGUUUAUUCAAGCCGCGGGAACAUUGGCACGAGUCUUAGGGGGUGAAAUCCAGAAUACGCCGGGAGAUGUAGACCAGGAUAUGGAGCUGUUUCAACACAUACAUUCGCCAGGGCUCGAGCGUGCAGUCGAUCACAAGGAACAGUUUGGUUACGAUUUCAUCAAGGCUAUACUUUUGUUUGUUGAAGGCGGUCGUGAGGCUCUUCUGUCGGGCUUCAAGCAAGGUUCGGUGUCUCGAGGUAACCAGGCCAGAUUCCCUGUGGAUGAAAGUGCGGGCGAAGAUGCGAUUGAGUCGGUCUUAAUCCCUUACCUGCAGAGACUUGCAGGUGACGUUCCCGUUGUGAAUGUGGACGCUUCGCGUUUCGAACAUGAUGAAGCUCGUAUCCUCUUUUCAACUCAGCGCCACGCAGUGGCCGCCUUUGCGAAUGCUAUCAGGUAUCCAGUUGAAGACCUUGUCAAUACGACCACAAUGCGCAGCCAGGCAUCAACUGAUCUACCUGGCCGUUCACACGAUUUGUUUCAGGUGACACAAUUCUGGGUAUUCAAGGUGGCCCGUGGAGUUCUCUUGGAAACUGGAACUGGGGUGGAUUAUGCAUUUGUUAACAGGGCGUUUGGCGGUUUGCGUACGAGGGUGGAAGUUGGCCCAGAAUACGGAGUGGAACUUGAACGAUCCCAGAAUGAUCUCGAAGCUAAUCUUGAAGAGGAACCGAUACGGGACGUCAACCUGAAGAUUCUCCGGGGUUCGCGUUCUGCUCGAGAGCAUCGGACAGGCACUGGUGGGGUGACAGGGAUACAGACACCAAUAUCCAAUGAUGACGAAGGGGGCACCUCUGAACUGCCGGAUGUCGAUGAUGACAGUGAAAACGAGUUUGGCCUCGCCAUCGACGAGGAUGAGGAUGAGGAUGACGACGAGAAUGACGACGAGGAUGAUGAUGAGGAAGAGGACGAUGAUGAGGAACUUGAGCUAGAUCCGAGCAGUUCCGUCGACGACAGUGAUGACUCCGAAGCUGCCGAUCGUAUGUUCAGGGAGUACGGACUUCAGCCCCGAGAAAGAGAGUACGUCGAGGCCGACGUUCCCUGUUCCCCCCACACCCGAAUCUAUAGCGGACAUUGCAACAUCAAGACGGUCAAGGAUGUCAAUUUCUUCGGUUUGGAUGACGAGUACGUAGUGAGUGGUAGCGACUCGGGCCAUAUCUUUAUUUGGGAUCGGAAAUCCUGCAAGCUAGUCAACAUUCUCGAGGGCGAUAGUGAGGUGGUCAAUGUUGUGCAAGGUCACCCGUACGAGCCGACCAUUGCGGCCUCGGGAAUCGACAACACCAUCAAGAUCUUCUCGCCCGACCGGCGCGCUCAGGAAGAUGCUCGCCGUGGCAUCAACAUUCUGGAUCCUGACAACCCUGCCAACAAGCUUGGUUUUGGACCUAACGUCAGUGCCAUUGGUGGUCUUGGAACACGCAAGCGCUUGCACGAUAGUUACCGGAUCAUGAGCCAGAACGACGUUGACCGACAAGGUGGUAUGAAUGAGGCGUACAUUACUAGGCACAUGCUGGCCCGCCUUGCGGCAACCCUGAGGGACCAACGACACGGCGUGACAGUGGGCGAAGGUGGCGAACAUGCUACACUUGUGCUGGACGACAAUAGCUGCCAUGACCGAGCAGAUGUCACUGCUCGUCUCUAUGCAGACCCCCACAACCCCCACCUCCACUACGAACGCGGCCUGAUUCACCAAAAGCUAGGCUUUCCAGAUCUCGCCUCCGCAGACGCUUACCGCGCCCUCUCUUUGCUCGACUCGGUCGUUGACCCCGAUGGCUGCGAAUUCCAUGCCACGCGAAAGAUUCAGGACGCGCCUGCUGCGCCUGCUACAACAGAGGAGGAAGAGGAUGGCUUUACCCCCAUCACCCAAGACGAGUACGACUCGAUGAUUGGGGGCGUCUACGCCCUGCUCGUACGAAGCCUAGUUAACUGCGGCUGCUUUCGCGAUGCCUUUGAAUUCUGCGUGCGCGGUCUUGGACUCCUAGAGAACAUGCCUCAGAGCGACCGGAAUACCUCCGCACAAGAUGUGCUCAAAGACCAGCUAGCAAUCAUCAGGAAGACAUACCAAGCCCGUCAAGGAACCACUCCCACCCAAGACACCGACAUCAACCCCAGUGCUCUUAAUGCCCAAGGCUCCGCCCGACGAGUCCUCUACCCCUGGAACGAGCACGAACCGGACCGCAAAUCUCCCGAAACCCUCCAGCUUUUGAACGAGCGUCUCAAGGACGUUGCUCCCAAAUGCGAGGUCCGAGCCGUCGCUCUGCCCGCUUUACACGGCACCACCAACCCGGAAGACGAUGAAAAUGAAGUCUCUAUCCAACUUGGCCUCUUUGCCAAAGAAGACAUUGCCCCCAACGAGAUAAUUCUCCGCGAAUCCUCCCUUCUCACCGCAACCAACCGCCUGCACGACGACCUCUGCGACGCCUGCAACGCCCCGCUUCCCGAUCUCGCUUCUGAGAACCCCCCGGUUGCCUGUGAUGGCUGCGCAGACACCAUUUUCUGCUCGCAAUCCUGUCACGAUGAUGCCCAACGCAUCUACCACGGUGCCGUUUGCGGCCUCAUGGAGAACCUCGAAUCUAUCGGCAAAGACAUCCCCGACCCCAAGGACAAGGCCGAUUACCUCUACCUCCUCCUUCUGGGCCGGACCCUCGCCAUGGCCGCCACCCAGGACGUGCACCCAUUAGACCUCCCAGAAGUGAAGUACAUCUGGGGCGAUUUCCACGAUCUCGAUAUCACCAAUCCCAUUGCUGAGUCCGAUGACCCCACCGCAACCCUUCCCUUCUCCUUCCAGCUCAACAUCAUCCAACCGAUGCGCCUUCUGGAGGAAAUGGAAGUUGAUCCCUACGCCUCCCUCCCCCGCUUCGAUACCUGGGUCUUGAACACCCUCUACGCCAAAUUCCGAGGAACCGCGUCUGGUCGUCUCUCAACGUGGGACGGCGGCCCGGAACUGUGUGCCGUGCAUCCCCUCUGGUGUCUUGCCAACCACUCCUGCGAUCCGAGCGUCAGAUGGGAGUGGGGUGGCGAGAUCACCUUCCGGGCUCGCUCAGAGGACGAACGCGCUGUUUGGAAGAAACUAGAUGGUACGGACACAAGUGCUCCCACAGUACGGAGAGGGGGUCAAGGCAUCAAGAAGGACGAGGAGAUCCUCAACCACUACUGCGACAUUGGACUAAACGUCAAAGAAAGACGGGAGUGGGCAAGAGGCGCACUGGGCGGAUGGUGUCAAUGUGAGCGAUGUGUCUGGGAGGCAGGGGAGAACUGA